AUGUUCAAUAAUUUAAUAAUUUUUUAUUUAAUUUUUUGUUUUCAAAUUAAUUUUAUAUUUAAUUCUUCAAUAAAUUGUACAUUUGAAAAGAUUAAAGAAGAAAAAGACGAGAAUUUUUGUGGUUGGAAACCAGAAAAUAAUAUUUGGAAAACUGGAAAUGAAGUAUUAGUAGAUUCUGUUAAUUAUGUUAUUCAUCCUUCUAGUGGAGGAGAUCGUUUUGCCUAUGUUCAAGGUCAUUAUGGAUCACCUUUAGAAGGAAAACUUUCUAGUCCCUUAAUUUCAUCAGACAAAAAACUUUUACGUUUUAACUAUUGGAAAUUAUCAAAUACCCCUUCAAUGGAUAUUUGUAUUGAAAAAGAAGAAAAUAAAAAUAAAAUAGAGAAAUGUAUAGAUUCAAUACAAGGAUUGGGAGAAAAUCAGUGGAUUUUAAGAAUGAUUGAAUUACCUAGAGAAGAAAAAAAUUUUAAAAUUAUUUUUAAAGCAAGGAAUCUACUUUCUGAAGAUAUUAUUGGAAUAGAUGAUAUACAAAUAUUACCUUCAGAAAUAACAGAAGAAACAAAUAAUAAAAAUCAGAAUAAAAAUAAAAUAAAAAAGCAAAGAAAAUCAGAAAAAGAAAACACAGAAAAUACAAAUCAGAAUUAUUUAAAUCAGAAUAAAGAAAAAGAAAACACAAAUGAAAACACAAAUAAAAAUCAGAAUAUUAAAAUAAAACACAAACAAAGAAAAUCGUCAAAUAUUAAAAAUUCUGAAGAAGAAAAUACAAAUCAGAAUAAUAAUAAUAUAACCAGAAUAAUUCCUUAUUCUGAAAUAAUUAAAAAUAAAAAAGAAGAAAAAUUGAAUAAAAAUAAUAAUACAAUUCUAAAACACGUUCGAUUAUCACCAUUAACUGGAAGAAAUAAUAAAAUAUUUUUUAGAGAAGAAAAUAAAAAUAUUGACAGGUUAAGUAUUUUUUUAAUAUUUUUUUGGAAAAAUUAA